AGAGAACCACAGUUGAUUCACCCACACAAACAAACAAGUAUUUUCGAAAACAAAAAAUCAGUGAGCAAAGUUUGAUACUUCAUUGGCAAUCAAUAAGAAAAAAAUAAUAAAUUAUAAUAAAAAGAAAACCCAUAUAAUAUAAAUUACCAUAAUUCCUUCUAAAUUUUAAGUAUUAUCUAUUAAAAAGGUUAGUCAUCAAAUUCUAAAUAAAAAUGACCAGUGAACAAGAUCCAGAGAAGAAUAUAUCAUUGGAAAAUUUAGAUGAAGAAGAAUAUGAAUAUAUUUACGGCACGGAAGAUGGUAAUUAUUCCCAAAGUGAGACCACCCAUAUGGGUGAAGAGGCUGAAGAAGCGGCCGAAGAUAUAUUCUCUUACCUUGGGGAGGCAUCGGAUGAUCCAGAACAAAAACGUCGGUUCAUGGAAUAUUUGAGCUUAAUCAAAGAAAUUGAAUGUCAAAACCAAAUGGUUGAAGAUAUAAAAGCUAAAAUAAUGGAACUUUGCGCAAAGCCUUGUAAAACAAAAUGCGAAAUGAAAGAUAUUAAACGGCUGCGAGUGUGUAUGGAACAAGAGCUAAUAAAGCUUCAAUGUUUAAUGACAAAAGCUAUGGAACUACAAAACUUCGGUUCCAGACGUCGCUAUCAUGAAAUACCGAUUGCCACGACAAUAGACGAGGAUAAUAUGACAUCAUACGCCGGGUGCACUCAUCCGCAAAUUCAAAACAAUUGGAAGCGUAACGAAAGCAGUGACGACGCGGAUAAAGGCGUAUGUCAGGAACAGAAGGACUCAAAUGAGCAGAAAGCUUUGCGUGGCUUGUGUAAGGCAUUAGGCAAGAUGAAAAUCUGUUGCCCUGAAGAUAGAAAGCUCGUACAGGAAAUUGCCUGUGCUUUAUUGGGACAUAAAAAGAAAAAGAAUGCACAAUCUUCGCCACCUUGUAUGCCGUCAUUGCCACCAUGCCAAGGGCCAUGUCCACCAUUUGCUAAGACCCCGAAGAAAAGCAAGCCUCGGCUAUGCUCCUCCGAUUCAAUGCCUGGUGCAGACUCGCUGGAACGACUCAAGCAGAAGAUCACGUGCAUGCAGUCAUCUGUGGGUCAACUAAAGCAGGAAAUUUAUCGGCGUGAACGUCAAAAGCAGCAGCCCUGUUAUGGAGUGACGGAAGAAAAAGAGGAUAUUUGUUCAGAGGAACCCGAUCCCAUUGGAGUUUGCUUAGGCAAACGUACUGCCAAAGCUGAUGAAAUGGCUAGGUUAAGAGAAAAUUAUCUACAUUUGCUAUCAGAGUUCUCGAAGAAGGAUUGCCAAUUAAAAGAGAUGGAAAAAAGGCUCAAAGGAUUUUGCGGAAGCUGUAACGACGGCAACGGCCGCGGUGAAGGACGCAGUGCCGACCAAUCUGAGCUGAUUGUGCUUCGGCAACGUGUCGCUGAUAUGAAAGAGGAGCAAAUAGAGUUUAAGUGUCUUAUGAAGGAACAGUCGCAGCAGUUAGAAGAAUAUCGCAACAAGUACCUCGUAGCACAACAAAAGGUGGAAGAACAAAGUGUAACGUUGGAGAAAUUGAACAUGAAUAACAAGCGCAUUGAAAAACAAAUAAAUACAGAAGUUAAAGAGAUUCGCGCCAAGUUCCAAGAGAAACUCAACGAACUCCUACACUUCCCUAAGCUGCUGGAGAACGAGCAACUCAAGUUAGCACAAGCCUGCAAGGAAAAAGAAGACUUACAAGGCAAGCUAAUGCUCGUAUGCAAAGAACUCAAAGCGCUAAAGGCUCAAGUUGAGGCACCAAAGGACGAUGUUGAUUGUCGGCCGAAGUUGUUGAAAUGUCAGAUGGAGCUUGAGCAGUGUAAAACACGGCUCGAAGAAAUGGAGAGACAACGCGAUCUCUUCUGCGAACAGCUCAAGACUACGCAAGACGAUUUCGACACAUUACGUUCCGAGUCGGCCAAGAUCAUUGCCCGUACCAAGGAGCGUGCCGAAGCGACAAGGUGCCAAAUGCAGGAACAAAUUGAUAGGCUCGAAAAGGAACUGGCACAAUGUCGUGCCACUGCUUGUCUUUCGGUCAGCGAUCGUGAAGCAGUUAUUCGUGAGAUGCAGGGCCAACUUAACACACUUUCGUACAGUUUCGAUGCAGCGCAAAAGCAAAUUAAAACGCUGCGUAAUCAUAUUGCUUACGUUUCCAAUGAAAAUUGUUUUCCUGUGAAGUGCUGAUUAACGAAGGCAUUUCUUU